CGUUUUUGCCAGCACAUUAAGAAAGGCUCUCAUGUUAAAUUAAGUCAAUUAAUAAAUGAGACACAUUAAGCAAUCAAUUUUGUCAGCCUAUCUCCCCGGCAUUAUGUAUGGUUGGCUGUAAUCACAAGAUAAAUGCAAUGUGCUGAUCUAUGGUAAUGUUCAAUAAUACAUUCUCUGCCAGGCUCAAUUCAUCAGGGAGUUUCGGUAGAGGAGGCAUUUGUUAUUGGCUGUCUCUGCACCUCAAGGAUAACAUUUCUGUCCUUUUGAUUGGCCGCCUCACUGCUGCAAGAUUCUAACCGUCUUAUUUUGAUGAUGAAUAUGAAGGCAUGCUAAGCCAGGCUGGAGCGAGUGUCUCAGAGGCUGCGCGCCUUCCAGAGCCCAAGGACUUAACGGCUUCCUCCGCCACCUUCCUGUGCCAAUCAUCCCCCCAAAAAAGUUGUGAUGCUUUUCUUCACCCAGUGCUUUGGGGCUGUGUUAGAUCUCAUUCACCUCCGCUUUCAGCACAACAAGGCUAAACGGGUGUUCGCCGCCGCCGGGCAACUUGUCUGCGUUGUAAACCCCACGCACAACCUAAAGUAUGUGUCCAGCAGACACGCCGUCACUCAGAGCGCCCCGGAGCCCAGCAGCUACCCGCUUCCGCAUGCCCCCCACCGCCACUGCCAACACCACUGCCCGCUCCAGCCCCGUCACCGCCUCUGCCACCACGCCCGGCCCCACCACCUGCACCACCAGGAGGCGGGGCCGCCCGCCGCGCAGGUGAUGCCCUGCCUGUGCCCCUUGUUCUCCUGCCAGUGGGAGGGCCACCUAGAGGUGGUGGUGCCCCACCUGCGGCAGAUGCACAGGGUGGACAUCCUCCAGGGGGCCGACAUUGUCUUCCUGGCCACGGACAUGCACCUCCCGGCGCCGGCCGACUGGCUCAUCAUCCACUCCUGCUUCGGCCAUCACUUCCUGCUGGUGCUCAGGAAACAGGAGAGGCACGCAGGGCACCCCCAGUUCUUCGCCACCAUGAUGCUGAUCGGGACCCCCACCCAGGCUGACAGCUUCACCUAUCGCCUGGAGCUCAACAGAAACCACCGGUGUCUCAAGUGGGAGGCCACACCCCGGUCUGUCCUGGAGUGCGUGGACUCGGUCAUCACCAACGGGGACUGCCUCGUCAUUAACACCUCGCUGGCCCAGCACUUCUCCGACAAUGGCAGCCUGGCCAUCGGGAUUGCCAUCUCUGUGGCCGAGGAGAUCUGCUCUUCAGAGGCUGAGAUGUGACACAGAGGCCACUGGACACUCACGUGCGGCCACCCCUCUACCAAGAAACUGCCUGGGCCCUCAGAUCUCUGCGUGCCAGGACUCCGGGCUCCUUUCUAUUCUUCUCCCUCCUCCCCUCCUUCCUUCCUUUCUGUUUUUUUGUCUCAGGUACUUUGUGGUAUUUGGUAUCUGUCUGCCAUGGGCAUUAUAUUAUGUAAACAUCCUGUGAUGCAAGACCUUGGUGUGACGUUUGUCCUGGUUUGUUGGUGUAGUUUUACAGAAUGUAGUUUUACAUUCCAUCAGAAUGGUGAUUGCUCGCCACCCGCAGUUCCCUUCCCUCCUGCAGUCACCGAGGUCACGAGGCAGACUCUUGGGGUUGAAAGGAGACUGAGUGUCCACAUCAUUUCCCCCUCCUCCUUUUAGUCUAUUUCAGACUGAGCUAACUCCUAAGGGUGUGGAGACAGCAGAUUACGGAAGGGGGCCUGGCCAGCUCAGGGGUGUGUAUUGCAGACCAGCUAGACACAGCUCUGCCACUUUCCCAGGAACCUCGGGGACCACGCUGCUUGGACACGAGACGGCGUCUCCUCCAGGGUGCGGGGCUGGAGGUACCAUCAUGCCGUGUGUCCUCUGGGUUGAUCCUGGGGUUCAGGGGAGCAGGCAAGAGGUUGAACCCUCUUUUGGCAGGCUCCUGUGAGCUUGCCCUCAGCCCGGGGCCAUUUUUUUCCUGCUCUGAAAUCAAAGGCCUCAAGGGUUUGGUGCUU